GCAAGCCCGCCCUCAAGUGGCAGAACUAAAUCAACCUUUGACCUAGUUUGCACGUGUGUGAAAAAUGCAUUGGGUUUUGCGUGUUGCAAUUUGGCUCACUGCCUGCGCCACACUACAUUGCUCGUCAGACCACAUGUUCCUGUCAGUUUCAUGCGAAUUUUUGGCAGUGUAUCGGCACAAUUAACGUGGUAACGCAGACGAGAGUUUCAUUUAUUAAGGAGAAGGCCUGACAUGUUAAAAAGAUGAAUGAAUUUCGUUGGGAUGUGUCAGCAGGCUUGGGGAGGCUAGUUUCCACCGUAGCGGAACCUGUAUUAAUUUCAACCUGUCAGGAACUCCUUGCUAAACAGAUUUGGACACCCAGUGAUCGGCAGCAUUUAUUGUCCACUCUUUCAAAGUACCUUCUCCACCCACAAUGCACCAUUCCCGUAGCCGAAGCAUUCCGUCCUGUCCUGCUGGAUCUCUUGGAGAGGGCCGGACACACAGUGACCACAGGAGGGCGCUUUUGCUUGCAGGAGCACGAGAGGCUGUGCGUGGCCCUGGGAAAGAUCCUUGAGCGACAUCCAGAUGCCUUUAGGUUUUUGAUGAAAUACCUACAGACUGCUCCACCGGUAUUUGAGCGGUUGCUUUGCGGGAAACUUCCACCGAAAGAGAAGAAGAAAAAGAAACAAAAGCACAAGCCAGAGGUAUCUAUCCCAUCACCAACCCUGACAGAUGUCCUGGCCACCUGCCACAGAUUUCUCCGGUUUUCCAGAGAGGCAUUUGUUGACCUUUGGGACUGGAGUCCCGUGAUGAAGUUGGUUGAGCACGAGGACCUGGAUGUCAGAUGGGAUUCUGUACACAUAGUAGCCGCUCUGACUGACAUGGCAGACCAACAGACUCGGUCUCUAUUGAGCAGCCAUUUCACUCCAGAAGACUUGAGACAUUUAACCCUCAAGCACGAGGAGGCCAGACACGUUGACAUGGCAACCUGCCGCGCCAGUCUUCUUUUGAAUCCAGAGGUGAUGUUUGACCUCGCUCGACAGCAGAAGCUGACACACACAAUGCACGAGGUGAUUGGGUCUGAUCUGAGCUCGUCUGUUGCUGCAGUGUGUGGGAUAUUGUUACCAGCGAGGACCAGCUGUGAAAAACAGGAUCCUGCCCACACGCUCGUCGGGGUCCCGUCCACAGCCCACAACCUCCACUGCCUGGCCCUGGCCGUAUCGUCCGGCACUGCCGUGCUACUUGAGGGCGCCGUGGGCUGUGGGAAGAGUGCCCUCGUAGACCACUUGGCCCAGGUGACGGGCCGGCAGAAGGUACCCCACCUAUUGAAGGUGCAGCUGGGCGAUCAGACAGACAGCAAGGCUUUGAUUGGUACUUACCGCUGCACGGAUAUCCCGGGAGAAUUUGUCUGGCAGCCAGGAGCUCUAACACAGGCUGUUACCGGUGGACACUGGAUCAUACUCGAAGACAUCGACUACGCACCGAUGGACGUCAUCUCCGUACUGGUGCCCUUGCUUGAAGCCGGUUCCCUCUCUCUGCCUGGGCACGGUGAUGUGGUCCGGGCGGCCCCAGGAUUCCAGCUCUUUGCCACACAGCGCUUGACGGCUGGCAGCGGCGGUUUCUUCAGGCAGCAUGCAUCCCACGCUGCACUGCUGGACCGGAUGUGGACGAAGGUCAACGUCCAGCCCCUUUCGAGGGAGGAGCUUCAGGAGGUGGUUGCGACCCUUUAUCCCAACCUGACCUCUGUUGUGGACAAGCUCCUAGAUAUAUUCAUCAUGCUAUCGUCUGGCAACCAUGACGACGGCCAAGAGACUGAAGCCAAGAGUGGCCCAGUUGAACAGCACGGUUCUGUCGUGACCCCUGCAGAGGUCACAGGUCAUCUGGGACGGCUCAUAUCUACAAGGGACUUGCUGAAGUGGUGUGGCCGCAUAGCCACUAGAUUCGACACUCCCCAGUCCAUUCUAGCCAACAGCGUCUUCUUAGAGGCCAUGGACUGCUUCUGCGCGGCCUUGCCCAAGCCCCGGACCAGAUCCAACGUGGCUGAGGCGGUGGGCGUCAGGCUGAGCCUCAGCCUGGAGAAGUGCAACUUCUUCUGCCACAGCUACAAGCCCGACAUCGACAUACAGAAGGACUGCGUCACUGUAGGAAGAGCCAGGCUAUCGAGGAAGGAGGCAGAAAUCCCCGAGAUUAAAAAGUCCCGGCACUCCAACUUUGCCUUCACGAGACCGGCCAGCAUCCUGCUGGAGCGAAUAGCCCUUUGCAUCAACAACAAUGAACCGGUGCUCUUGGUGGGGGAGACAGGGACGGGCAAGACCUCCUGCGUGCAGUACCUGGCUGACUUGACGGGCCAGAAGUUAAAGGUCAUCAACAUGAACCAGCAGAGCGAUAGCACAGACCUCUUGGGAGGGUUCAAACCAGUGGACUUCAGGCAGCUCAUGGCACCCGUCCGGGAGAACUUUGAGACCCUCUUCGUCAGCACCUUCUCCCGCAAGCAGAACGUGAGGUUCCUGAUGCACCUGCAGGAGUGCUUUGCCUCCCGGCACUGGCCGGACCUGCUGAAGCUAAUGAGCCACUGCCACCAGGCGGCCGUCAAGAGAUUUGAGAAAGACGAUCGAGACGAGGAAGCUGAGAGCGGAUCUGAGAAGCAGAGCCCCACCCUGAGAUGCCAAUGGCGAUCCAUCGGGGAGAAGAUCCAGCUCCUUCAGACGCAGCUGCAGCACUCGGAAAACGCCCUGGCCUUCUCCUUUGUAGAGGGCACGCUGGUGCAGGCAGUCCGCAACGGGGACUGGGUGCUUCUGGACGAGAUCAACCUGGCCACAGCCGAGACGCUGGAAUGCUUGAGCGGUCUACUGGAGAGCACAGAGGGAACAGUCACCUUGCUAGAACGGGGUGACUCGGAGCCAAUUCUUCGUCACAAAGACUUCAGGCUGUUCGCUUGCAUGAACCCUGCCACCGACGUCGGCAAAAAAGAACUCCCUCCCGGCAUCAGAAACAGGUUCACCGAAUUCUUCGUCGAUGAGCUCGAGGAGACCCAAGACUUGAAGAUUUUGGUCAGCAACUAUCUCCGCGGCCUUGCUCUACCAGCGGACAAGCUGGAUGGAAUAGUACAGUUUUACCUGGCUGUGCGCAAGGAAGCCGACAUGAAACUUGCCGAUGGGACCGGGCACCGACCACACUACAGCUUACGCACCUUGUGUAGGGCACUGCGUUAUGCCUCUGCCAACCCCUGUGGAAGCGUCAUGAGGUCAUUGUAUGAGAGCUUCUGUCUGAGCUUUCUGACCCAGCUUGACCGCGCCUCCCACCCAUUGGUGGAGCAGCUUGUCUGCAAGAAGCUAAUUGGCCGGGCCAACAUCAAGGGCGUCCUGGGCCAGCCCAUCCCGCCGCCGGCCACCGGGAGCCACGUUAAAGUGGAAGGGUACUGGAUUGCGACAGGUGACCGGGAGCCCCAGAGACAGAAGGGCUACGUGAUAACUCCCUCGGUGCGAGCCAAUCUGAGGGAUCUGUCCAGGAUCGUGUCUGCUGGGACCCUUCCAGUCCUUCUCCAAGGUGAGACUUCCGUGGGCAAGACCAGCCUGAUUCAGUACUUGGCCCUGGCAACCGGCAACCACUGUGUGAGAGUCAACAACCACGAACACACGGACCUGCAGGAGUACGUGGGCUUCUACGCCGCCGACGAAAUGGGCAAACUGGUUUUCAAAGAAGGUGUACUGGUUGAUGCCAUGAGAAAAGGCCACUGGAUCAUCCUGGACGAGCUCAACCUUGCUCCCAGUGAUGUGUUAGAAGCUCUGAAUAGGUUACUUGACGACAAUCGCGAGCUGUACAUUCCAGAGACACAGGAGAUGAUCUCGGCUCAUCCACGAUUCAUGUUGUUUGCAACUCAGAAUCCGCCAGGCCAGUACGGAGGACGAAAGGUGUUGUCGAGGGCCUUCAGGAACCGUUUUGUGGAGCUUCACUUUGACGAGAUCCCCAGCAAAGAACUGGAGACCAUUCUGCACCAGCGCUGCGCCAUUCCCCUCUCCUACUGCAAGAAGAUGGUGUCCGUCAUGCUGGAUCUCCAGACUCGGCGCAAGGGCUCGGGGGUGUUUUCGGGCAAGCAGGGCUUCAUCACGCUGCGGGACUUGUUUCGCUGGGCGGAGCGUUACCGACGGGCAAGCCAGGGCCAGGGAACGCUGUACGACUGGGACCAGCACAUCGCUGAUGACGGAUUCCUGUUGUUAGCUGGCCGUGUCCGCCGUCCCGAGGAGCAGUCCCUCAUCAAAGAGGUCCUGGAGAAGCAUGUCCGCUGCAAAAUUGACCCUGCCCGUCUCUUCAGCCUCACCCCCGAGACCUCGCCCGUCACCAGGGAGAUCCUGGAGAGGAUACUCCAGGGGCCAGCCCCGGAGGGUUUCAGUCAUGUGGUGUGGACCUUUGGGAUGAGACGGCUGGCUGUGCUGGUGGGACAGGCACUCAAGUUCCAAGAGCCGGUCCUUUUAGUUGGAGAGACUGGUUGUGGCAAAACCACCGUAUGUCAGCUGCACUCUGCCCUGACCAAUCAGAAGCUGUACUCUGUGAACUGCCACCUGCACACCGAGACGUCCGACUUCUUGGGGGGUCUGCGACCCGUCAGGCAACACAGCAGCGAAAAGGCUGAUGACAAGCAGAAACUCUUUGAGUGGUGUGAUGGCCCAUUGGUCCAAGCCAUGCGCGAAGAUGCCGGCUUCCUUAUCGAUGAAAUCUCACUGGCCGACGACUCGGUCCUGGAGCGACUCAACAGUGUCCUGGAGCCUGAGCGCACACUGCUUCUUGCAGAGCGGGGGAGCGGCGAAAGUACAACGGAUGACAUCGAUGUGAUAGUGGCCCGGGAGCAAUUCUUUGUUGUGGCCACGAUGAACCCUGGUGGCGACUUCGGAAAGAAAGAGUUGUCCCCGGCACUCCGCAACCGUUUCACCGAGAUCUGGUGUCCGCAGUCUACCGACCGUCAAGACCUGGUCAACAUCAUCGAGCACAACUUGGCGGAGGGGGUGUGGCUAUGCAACCAGGAGGACGGCUCCAGCGGGGUGGGCAACGCGAUCAUGGAAUUUGUCACAUGGUUCCAGAACUGCGAAGCUGGCAACAGAUGCACUGUCAGCAUUCGGGACAUCCUGUCCUGGGUCAGCUUCAUCAACUCCUGCUGCGACGGUUCUGUCCGGGAUAGGGACUGUCUGGAUGCGGCGCUGGCCUACGUCCAUGGAGCGUGUAUGGUGUUCCUGGAUGGCCUCGGCUCAGGGACGACCAGCAGCGCCUCCCUGCCACCCCACCAGGCCAGGCAUCUCAGUCUCAACUUCCUCCGUGACCAGAUCUGGCGGCUAGUCGGCCAAGACAUUGACCUGACCUCGCUGACGGUGACCUCGAAAGCCACAGGGUCGCCGUCCGUCAAAGUGGUCGAUUCCAGGGAUGGGCUCUUUGGAAUUGAACCAUUUUACAUCCCAAGAGGUCCGUUAUUGAGUACCUUGGCCCAAGACCACUAUGCCCUGAAUGCACCGACCACUGCGCUGAAUGCUCAAAGGGUCCUACGGGCCCUGCAGCUCCCACGAGCCAUCCUGCUAGAAGGCUCUCCUGGCGUUGGGAAGACCAGUCUGGUGUCUGCAAUUGCCAAGGCCUCUGGGCACGAGCUGGUCAGGAUUAACCUCUCGGAGCAGACUGAUGUGACCGACUUGUUCGGUGCUGACUUGCCUGUGGAGGGAGGUGCAGGUGGUCAGUUUGCCUGGCGGGACGGACCGCUGCUCAGAGCCCUGCAAGGAGGCCACUGGAUUGUCCUGGAUGAGUUAAACCUUGCCUCGCAAUCCGUCCUAGAAGGCCUCAAUGCUUGUCUGGACCACCGGGCGGAGGUGUACGUUCCAGAGCUGGGCCGAACCUUCCACAUUCAGCACGAGAGGACGCGACUUUUUGCCUGCCAGAACCCGUUGAAACAAGGCGGAGGCCGGAAGGGACUGCCACGUUCCUUCCUCAACCGAUUCACACAGGUGUACGUUGAGCCCCUGACUUCAGGAGAUUUGCUUUUCAUAGCACACACUAUGUAUCCCAUGAUGAGCUCGCAGGUUUUGGAAAAGAUGGUGGCAUUCAACAAGCAGCUUUACCAGGACACCAUGGUGGACGGCCUUUGGGGUCAGCGAGGUGGGCCCUGGGAGUUUAACCUGCGUGACCUUUUCCGCUGGUGUGACCUCAUGGUGCGUGACCAGCGGCACGGACGAUGGCAACCCGGCCAGCAUGUGGGGCUGAUCUAUAGGGACAGGAUGCGCAGCCAACAGGAUAAACAGAAGGUUCAAGAUCUAUUCCAAACGGUAUUUGGAGAUGACUUUGGAGAUGUCUAUGAGGGUAGCAGACAAGUUCACAUUACACCUGUUUCUGUCCAGGUCGGUCACUCGUUCCUCGGGAGAAAGGACCACAUUCCUAGCUCCUAUCCCGGCCAGAGAAUCCCCCUUCAAUUGCUCCAUCACUGCCUGGAUCCACUGGAGUCAGUCAUGAAAUGUGUGGAGAUGAACUGGAUGACCAUACUGGUUGGUCCGAGUGCUAGUGGUAAGACAUCCCUGGUUCACCUCCUUGGUCACCUGACUGGUCACAUGGUGCAAGUCCUGGCCAUGAACAGCUCCAUGGAUACAACUGAGUUGCUAGGAGGUUUCGAGCAGGCCGAUUUGAACAGGCACUGGGAGAAAGCUCUGCAGUCUCUGCAUCUUGUCGUCAUGGAAACAGAGAGGCAUCUCCUAUUGGCUGACAGUGUGGACAUAUCCCAACAUGCAUCGCAGCUCAUGGCCAGUUGGGGUGCUCUUAACAGCAUGUGCAAAAAAGGAUCUCAAGGAGAACGGGAUAACCUCUCUAGCUCGUCCGGUGAGCAGCUGUCGGAGAGAAAGCUUGACAUGUUUGAGCAGGUGUUGGACGAGGUCCGUAGUGCGGUCCAGAGAUAUGCACCAGAGACAGACAUGAAUGAGAAAGUCGAGCAUCUGACUGCCGCAGUUGCCCAGUUGAGAGCGAGGCUUGCAAAGGACGAUCGCACCAUUCGGCAAGGCGGGGGUGGCAAAUUUGAGUGGGUGGAUGGGCUGCUGGUCCAGGCAUUGAAGAACGGCGACUGGCUGCUGAUUGACAACGUCAACUUUUGCAGCACAAAUAUGCACUAG